AUGAGUGCGUGCCCGGGCGUUCUACCCGCCUGCUCCAUCGCGCUGCGGGUGAACGCGGCGCUGCACUCUAAAUUGGACCGGUGGUCGCGUUGGCCCGAGGAAGACUCAACAAAAUCGUGGAGCGAGACGGAGGAGGAAAGCGGCAUAGGACGGGGGAAGUGUGGACGAGUGCUUCCUCCCCGCCUCCCCUUUCCGCCCAUCGCCGCGCUUUUGGGCGAGGUGGAAGGGGACGAAAGGGGGAAAGCUAGGGAGGAAGAUGGGGGGGAAGGAGCGCAGGAGGGCGCGGCGGUGUUGAUGGCAACAGGGGACUGUGGGCGGGAGCACAGGGCUGGGUUUGAACGAUGUCAAGUGGUGCGGGGAGCGAUUGCUGGGUUCAAGCACUCGCGCUUUCACUGGAUGCUGCAAGGCCAGCCGUUUGAUCCUUGCACAUGCCCCUUGUGCCACGACCAGCUUCCCCUGUACGUGUGCCGUCCUGCAGGCAUGGAGCGCCACUGCUCUGCUGAAAACCGACGGCUCACGUUGCAUUGGGCUGUGAGGGCGAUGCCUGCUGCUUCAUCUGCACCCAGGUUGGGUUGCCACUAG